CAUGUAAUCUGUCAGUCGAACAAAUGAAGACUGGCGCGAAAUUCAUACCGUUUUUGCGUUUUCAAUUAUUUUCAUAUUAUAGAUUUCGUUCGGACGUUUUUGAGCACUGUCCCGAUUCCUUUUUCAUAUUAGGUCAGUGACUCCAAUGCUUGAAAUCCUCAUUAACAAUAGUCUCUACAGUUUGAAAAUUAAAAGUUAAAUUCCGGUUUCAAAUAAAAAUAAGGUUAAAAUGGAUAAGAAGCAUGUUUUUACACCCCCUGAAAAAAAAUUGUUCGUAGAAAUAUUUAAAAAGUUCAGAAGCAUAAUUGAAAACAGGUACACGGAUGGAGGUUCCCUGAAGAAAAAAAAUUAUGCUUGGGCAUUGCUUACAGGAGAAUUUAACUCAAGCCCUCUAGCAACUAGCAAGGCAUCUACUAAGCAGCUACGGCGUUUGUGGUUCAACUUAAAACAGAGGCAGCGAGAGGUAUUGGCAAAGAAACGCCGGCAGAGAUUCGCUACUCGAGUAGGCAAGUCUGAGGCGAUUGACCCAGAUGUGGCUGUAGGCACACCAGCUUUGAUAUAUGGGAAUGACUCAGAUACAGUCCAAUCAAUGGAAGGCUCCUCUGUACCUGUAAAGUCAAACAGUCCAUCUGUGGAAUUAGUUUCAGUGGAACCAGAUGUGGUCAUUGCACCAGAUGAUGAUUAUUCUAACCUAUCAAUCAAUAUGCACCUUUCACUGACAUCACCAUCUCUGUUUACCCGUGCCACCCCUCCACCUUCCGCACUUCGAACCAGAACUCCUUCACCUUUCAUCUUCCGAACCACAUCACCACCUUUUGAACACCAAACAGCAUCACAAAUAAACUUUAAAAAUAUUAUUAUGGAAAGGGAAUAUCAAGAUAGCGUAUUAAGAACAAAUGAAAAACAUAACUUGGAAGUACAGAUCCUAGAAGAGCAGCUCAGGGAAAGCACAGCAAAAGCGGACCUUGCUGAGCUUAUUUUGAAGCAGAAGAAGGAAGCAUUCGAUCAAGUCACUGUAUAGUUAUAAAAAAAAAAUUUAAUGCCAGAAAAAUUACACUAAGUAUUGAUAUAUUCUCGUAUUAUAGUCAUCAGCGCUCUCCCCUUCACAUGAAAAAGGUUACUGUACAUUAACAGAACAUGAAAUAACGGAUAUAAAAUUAAUAAACUAAACCAAGCUUUUAAUAAAGGAUCAUGCAUUAAGUGUGUCGUGUAAAAAAUCAUGUUUGUAUGUGUGUGUUUAUCAGUGUGUGUUUGUGAUUGUUUGAGGUUUUAUAAUGUUUACUUUAGAAUAACAAGUAAGUUUUCUGUGUUAUCGUAGGUAAAUUGCGGCAACCACCUUUGAAUAAUGGAUUUACAUUGGUAUGAAUUUAAAUUUGAUAUUUUGUGGGUUUUACAAAUCCUAUUAUAUAAUAAGCAGCCGAGAAAGCAGUAGAAUUUAUUUGAUAAAGAUGUUUUCAGAUAAGGUAUUGUAUACAUAUUGCAUUCUUUUCUACAUGAAUUUAAGGGAUGAUAAAAUCGAAUGAAAUAAAUUUCGAAUUCAA